CGCGUGGAUAACAGAGGGAGGGAGUGAAACGCGAAGCGGACGGGAGGGAGGCAGCGCUCGGAGGCCUGACGUGGAAGGAGUCAGGACCGGAGAAACAAACUCCUGAGCAACAGAACCGGCGAAGGUCCAGUCGGUCUGUCGCUUCACGCCACUCGGCAGCAUGAGUCUGGAUAAAGCAAAGCUGUGCGACUCGCUGUUGACCUGGUUGCAGACAUUUCAGGUCCCGUCAUGUGACAACAAGGACGAACUAACGAGUGGAGUGGCCAUUGCUCACGUACUCUACAGAAUAGACCCCUCUUGGUUUAAUGAGACGUGGCUUGGCAGGAUCAAGGAGGAGAGCGAGGCCAACUGGCGCCUUAAAGUCAGCAACUUGAAGAAGGUCCUGAAAAGCAUGCUGGAGUAUUACCAUGAUGUGCUCGGUCAGCAGGUGUCCGACGAGCAUUUACCAGAUGUGAACCUCAUAGGCGAGCUGGGAGACGUGACGGAGCUGGGCAAGCUGCUGCAGCUCGUGUUGGGCUGCGCCGUCAGCUGCGAAAAGAAACAAGAGCAAAUCCAGCAGAUUAUGACACUUGAGGAAUCUGUCCAGCAUGUUGUGAUGACAGCCAUUCAGGAGCUCUUAGCGAAGGAACCGUCAUCUGAACCAGGAAGUCCAGAGACGUAUGGAGACUUUGACUACCAGUCCAGGAAGUAUUACUUUCUGAGCGAGGAAGCGGGCGAGAAGGAGGACCUGACGCAGCGCUGCAGAGACCUUGAGCGUCAGCUGUCGCUGGGCGUGGAGGAGAGGUCGUCGCUCCAGGCGGAGGUCCGCUCCCUGAGGGAGAGGCUUUGCUGCAGCGACUCUCUGGAUGCCGCGACCACCGCCAUCACGGGCAAGAAGCUGCUGCUGCUGCAGAGUCAGAUGGAGCAGCUGCAGGAGGAGAACUACAGGCUGGAGAACAGCAGAGACGACCUGCGCGUUCGUGCAGACCUGCUGGAGCGCGAGGUGGCCGACCUGCAGCAGAGGAACGAGGAGCUGACGAGUCUGGCGCACGAAGCCCAGGCGCUUAAAGACGAGAUGGACAUCCUCAGACACUCGUCUGACCGGGUGAACCAGCUCGAAGCGCUGGUGGAGACCUACAAGAGGAAGCUGGAGGAUCUGGGCGAUCUGCGCAGACAGGUGCGCCUCCUGGAGGAGCGCAACACCGUGUACAUGCAGCGCACCUGCGAGCUGGAGGAGGAGCUGCGGCGGGCCAACGCCGUCCGCGGUCAGCUGGACACCUACAAGAGACAGGCUCAUGAGCAUCACACCAGGCACACAGCAGAGGCCAUGAAGGCUGAGAAGUGGCAGUUUGAGUACAAGAAUCUUUAUGACAAGUAUGACGCACUGCUGAAGGAGAAAGAACGUCUCAUUUCAGAAAGAGACUCGCUACGGGAAGCUAACGACGAGCUGCGGUGUGCGCAGGUCCAGCAGGGCUGCCUGAGCGGAACAGGAGACUUGUCUGACGGUGAUGUGACUGUGGGAAACCUUGCUGCAGAGAUCAUGCCCACUGAGCUAAAGGAAACGGUCGUCCGUCUGCAGAGCGAGAACAAGAUGCUGUGUGCUCAGGAGGAGGCCUACAGACAGAAACUAGUGGAGGUCCAGGCCGAGCUGGAAGAGGCACAGCGCAGCAAGAACACCCUGGAAACUCAGAACAGGUUGAACCAGCAGCAGAUCUCGGAGCUGCGUUCUCAGGUGGAGGAGCUCCAGAAAGCGCUCCAGCAGCAGGACAGCAAACACGAGGACGCCAUCUCAUCUUUGUUGAAGAAAAAGCUGGAGGAGCAUUUGGAGAAGCUGAACGAAGCUCACUCUGACCUCCGGAAGAAACGGGAGGUCAUCGACGACCUUGAGCCCAAAGCAGACAGCAACAUGGCCAAGAAGAUAGAUGAACUCCAGGAGAUCCUUCGGAAGAAGGACGAGGACAUGAAACAGAUGGAGCAGAGAUACAAACGCUACAUGGAGAAAGCCAGAACGGUGAUCAAGACUCUGGAUCCCAAGCAGCCGGCUCCGACUCCCGACGUCCAGUCUCUGAGAAACCAGCUGACUGAGAAGGAAAAUAAACUCCAGCAUCUGGAGCACGACUACGAACGGAGCCGAGCCAGACACAGCCAGGAGGAGAAGCUCAUCAUCAGCGCCUGGUACAACAUGGGCAUGGCGUUGCACCAGCAGGUGUCGGGCGAGCGGCUGGGACCCGGAAACCAGGCCAUGUCCUUCCUGGCCCAGCAGAGACAGUCCACCAACGCCCGGCGCGGCCUGGUCCGCCUCCAGCCCAGAUGAGACGGGGCCAGACGGCGAGGUCCACCUCUACCUUGAUGCCUUCACUUGGACCGCUGCACAUAUUUCCUUCCGUCUCUUGUGUUGCUGCUGCCCCCUGCUGGCUCACAGCCACAUGAGAGUAUUGUGUUUUUCUGUAAUUAGCCUCCAGCAGGCUUUGUCACCUUUCCAGGUGACUCUUUUUGUUUCUUCUGUAGCCUCUUCAACUCAGUCUUGUGUUUUAAUCUUUUUUAUUAUUAUUAUUAUUAUUAUUAUUUAAUGUUAGGUAAAACAGUACAAGUUUGGAUCAUUUUAAUGUGCUGGAGAAGGGUAUUAGAAGGAAAUUUCCGGUUAAAGAAGGCGUAAAGUAUAAAAUCACUACACUGUUUUUGAUGAGUUCUCUCCCGUCUUCAUCUAAAAUAUAAACACUGGAGGGAACCCAGUCGUCAGGGGUGGUUGGGAAAUGUUUAGUGUUCACUUCAAUGUUUUUCUGAAGUGCAAACUUCUUAGAACUCUUUACACUGGAGCACUUUUAUUGUUAGAAAGCUGGACGAGUUUAGUGCCUUGUAUAGGAUCAAAACUGUUUCCUUUGUGGAGCAGACCGGCGAUGAAGAUGAUCAACCUCUUCUCUGUUUUAUGCAUCGAAGUUUAGAUUUAUGUUUUUUAUUUUACUCAAUAUUGUAUUUUUUUUUUUUUUUUUUUAUCAUCACACUAAAGGUUGAAACAGGGUAUGUGGUUGUGGGUGGAGCCUAACGGCGUUCGCCGCUUCCUGCUGCUGGAGUCGUAUUAAUCCCAGUUUAAAGCUGGAUGAUCAAACUACUGAUGUUCGGCCAUUUUGUGCUGCUGACGCCUCAUGGAAGGAAACUUUGACGUAACGCCAGAAUCUGUGCCGUUUUCUGACAGGAAGCGAGCAGCAGAUAAAAGGCAUGAUCAAACACUAAAUCUGCCUUUUCUUUACCUUUACCCUGACUUUUCUUUUUUUUUUUUUAUCUACGUAUUUUCUUUUUUUAUUUAUUUUUUUGCUCAUCCCAUGUCAGAACUGCGAUCUUGCAACUUGUUUGACCCCCAUUGACGCUUUGUGCCGUUUUCUCUUCAGGCCACAAUCAUGUUGCUGUGCACGUUUUUCUGCGUUCAUUGCUUUUGUUUUAUUUAUGGUAGCAUGGUGUGAAGGGGCUUGGCUGUGUUUUCAUACUGUGGUCUGGUAGAUGACAUGGUGCUGUGACGGGGAUCUGAGGCACGUUAAAGAGCCGUAGUUCUGUUCUACUGCUGCACAUCAAAUAAACUGGAUCCGAACAGGAAAAUCACA